UCUGUGCUAACUAUAACUUUGUGUUUUAUAGAAUUAAAUAAUGCCUCGUAAAUUAAAAAAGGCAUUCAAAUAUAAGUGUUUGGAACUAAUGUGCAAUACGGUGCACCGCCAUGACAAGUGGCUAGAACACUGUAAAAAGAAACACCUCUAUAAGUUCAAAAACAAUAUUGAUAUAAAAUAUAAAAUAACAGAGGAGAAAGAAGGUGAUGGACCUUCGAUACCCUACAUGGGACGUGGAGAACGUUCUACUUUAACUAUGGACGACGAACCUCAACCAUCAACUUCUGCGCAAUCAUCGGCUAUUGAAAGAUUGGUGGUGCCUGGGCUAGAAGACAAUCCACAUUCUGGAACAUCAGCUGUCCAAGACCGCAACGACGAAGAAGUUGAUCUGCAGUGUCCCCAAAGAGGAGAUGGAUCUAAAUAUACGCCUCUAAUACUUGUUCACGAUAAAGAAAUUGAACUUCCAACGUCCUCCAUGGAACCUAGCCUGCCAAUGUCAACACCAGAAGAAGAAGACGAAGUUUUAGAAAAUAUAGAGGACAACAUACCCACAGAGAAGAUACCUGAACCUAUUACUUUGACCGAACUUCAAUUCUCUACAAUCGAUCCUACAGAUCCAGACGUUAGCAAGAAGGAAUGCACAACAGUGCAAUUCGAUAUGUCGAUCACAGAGAUACAUUCAGAGAAAUCAAAGAGAGUGUGA